AUGGUAUUUUCUUUCCUUUGCUACGAUCUGGAAGAUUGCAACUUCAACUGCGCAAACGAUGCUUUCAACUACUGCAUUCCGGAGUCCUGGCAGUGUGACGGAUAUCCGGAUUGUUACGACGGCACGGACGAGCAGCAUUGCGGUAGAGACGGCCCUACAGGAUUUCCCACUCACUACCCGAUACCGCCAAGCGCCUACCCAUCGGAUGUGUACUAUCCGGAUAACUGCACAUUCCUGUGCGACAACGACAUGAACGGAUACUGCAUUCCGGACUACUGGGAGUGUGACGACUAUCCGGAUUGUCGUGACGGAAGCGACGAGUUCCUCUGUGACGGAUCCGGAGGACAUCCCACUUUCUGUAAUCCGGUGGAUAUCCUGGGACCUGGAACAGAUGUCCCUGUGUUUGUUGCCCUCCUGGGUUCCGUGUCAUCCUUACCGAUUCCCGAUCUGAUGGCGCUACUGAAUGGGUCCAGGCAUGACGGAGGGCCACUGCCGGAUGACUUUGGCGGGUUUCCAGAACCUCACCCAUUCCCGGAACAAAGCGGGUUUCCAGAACCUCACCCAUUCCCGGAACACAGCGGGUUUCCAGAACCUCACCCAUUCCCGGAACACAGCGGAUUUCCAGAACCUCACCCAUUCCCUGAACACGAUGGAUUCCCCGGAAUGGGAGGAUUCCCCGAGCCCAACGUAGACCCAUACAUGAUGGGUCAUGGAAUGUACGGAGGGCCCUACAGUUACAUCGCGAAGAAGUCUACCGAGGCGAAGAAGUCCGCCAUCCAGGGCGCCAAGGAACUCAAGACGGCUGCUGCAAAGAAGAAGGCUGAACUUCAACAACUACUCCGCAAGGAGGCGCCACAGGGGCAGCCCAACGGGAAAGCCGUCCUAGCGCAUGCACAGAAGCAGGCAAGGAAGUGGUUCAACUCCAAAGUGCGAAGCGUCGCCUCACAGGUGAAGACCUUCAGCCACACGGCACGUGACCUGGCCAACCUGAAGCGAAAGGCUGAGGCACCGAAGAUUUGAACUCCGAACUUCAGACGACGUGGACUGAACGGACAGAUUCGUAUAUCACGUGUACAUUCUGUCUAUCCCCUUGCGAUCCUAUGGAAUGGAAAACGGCAUGACAGCGACUUUUGAUAUACAAACUUUAAAACGUUUUUGAUUUUAGUCGAUGUUGUUAACAAAGAACUGAGAUUUGUGUCUGGAUGUGUGUGCUUGCGUGCGUGUGUGUUGGCAUGUUUGCUGAGCUUGUAUGUCUGUGUAUAGUGUAGUAGAAACCAUUCUUUCUCAAUAAAGUUUAUCUAUCAGCUUCA